AUGCACCAACAGCCGAAAGAAGUAGAUGAGAACAGAGGAGGAGGAGAGGAGAGGGAGGCUGCAGAGAGAGAGAGAGGAGAGAAUACAAAGAGCGUGUGAGUGAGUUAGUGCGUGUUACAUGCCUGCUAAUGUGUGUGUGUGUGUGUGUCUGUGUGUGUGUGUGUGUGUGUGACAUCCAGAGGUGUGUGCGCGUGCAGCAGCGAGGAGGACGAGGAGGAGGAAACCUGAUCUCCCUCUCUCUCUCUCUCUCUCUCUCUCCCUCUGUGGAAUACCGCUGUCCGUUAGCGCUUUUCGUUAUUUGCCUUGCUUGUUAGCUCGUAGCUUAGCCCGGCCCAGUUCGGUCCGGCCCGGCUCGGCUCUGCUCUGCACUGCUCUGCUCGGACCCCGGUUUGUGGGGGUGGGGGGGUGCUGGUGGUGAUGAUGGAGCGGUUCCUGGCUCUGCUGCGCCUGCUGGGCAGGAGGAGGCGAGGGAGGAGGUACCGGGCGGACGACGAUUACCAGGAAGGCUACGAAGACGUUUACUACUACACCAGCAAGUACAACACACACCUACUGAAUGAGGGGCCGUACACCAAACACUCCGCCGGGUCGAGACCUCCAGAAGGAGCGCUGGCCAUCAGGAGGCAGAGUAUACCAGACGAGUUUCGGGGCUGCUCGGUGGUGGAGCUGAUGAAGAAGGAGGGGACGACGCUCGGACUGACGGUUUCGGGCGGCAUUGACAAAGAUGGGAAACCCCGGGUUUCAAACCUGCGACAGGGAGGCAUCGCCGCCAGGAGCGACCAGCUGAACGUGGGCGACUACAUCCGCUCUGUCAACGGCAUCAACCUGGCCAAGUUCAGACACGACGAGAUCAUCAGUCUGCUGAAGAACGUCGGCGAGCGGGUCGUCCUGGAGGUCGAGUACGAACUGCCGCCCGUCUCGGUGCAGGGGUCAGGGGUCAUGUUUAAGAACGUGGAAGUCACGCUUCACAAAGAAGGAAACAGCUUUGGCUUUGUCAUCAGAGGUGGAGCCCAUGAAGACAGGAACAAGUCUCGCCCCAUCGUCAUAACAACCAUCAGGCCAGGUGGACCGGCUGACAGGGAAGGAACCGUCAAACCAGGCGAUCGGUUGCUCAGCAUCGACGGGAUUCGUCUCCACGGCAGCACGCUAUCGGAGGCCAUGAGCAUCCUGAAGCAGUGCGGGCAGGAAGCUACACUGCUGAUUGAGUAUGACGUCUCAGUGAUGGACUCAGUUGCAACGGCGUCAGGGCCGCUGCUCGUGGAGGUUGCCAAGGCAACGGGCUCCAGUCUGGGCGUGGCUCUGUCCACUUCCAUGUUCUGCAGCAAGCAGGUCAUCAUCAUCGACAAGGUCAAACCAGCCAGUAUAGCAGACAGGUGUGGUGCUCUUCAUGCAGGAGAUCACAUUUUGUCCGUUGAUGGGAAGUCGAUGGAGUUUUGUUCUCUGGCUGAAGCCACUCAGUUGCUCUCUGCCUCCUGUCAGACCGUCCGCAUGGAGAUCCUGCCGCAACACCAGGCCCGACCGGCCCUGAACGCACCACAGCACGUCAAGGUGCAGCGUAGUCCCCGCCCCCUCCCCUGGGAGACCGGAGGCUCCGCCCCCAUCCUCCCCCCCUACCACUACAACACGUACCACCCUGACCAAUCAGCUGCCAGAUCGCACAACCGCCAUACAAACAACCCUUCUCUCAGCCACUCGUUCUCUCCUGGCUCCAUGUCGGCUUAUAGUCUCUCGUCCCUCAACAUGAGCACCCUGCCCAGGAACAUGUAUCCCACGAGUCCACGGGGCACGCUGAUGAGGAGGAAGGCCAAGAAGAAGGACUUCAAGAGCUCAUUGUCUCUUGCGUCCAGCACCGUGGGUCUGGCUGGUCAGGUUGUUCACACGGAAACCACGGAGGUGGCGUUGCUAGGCGACGGCAUCAUGGGGUUCGGCCUGCAGCUGCAAGGCGGAGUUUUCGCCACGGAAACGUUAUCCUCGCCACCGCUCAUCGCUUACAUCGACCCCGACAGCCCCGCAGAGAGGUGUGGCAUCCUGCAGAUCGGCGACAGGAUUUUGUCCAUAAAUGGAGUUCCUACUGAAGACUCCACCCUGGAAGAAACCAAUCAGCUACUCAGAGACUCGUCAAUCACCGCUCAGCUCACGCUGGAGAUCGAGUUCGACGUGGCCGAGUCGGUCAUCCCCAGUUCUGGUACGUUCCACGUGAAGCUCCCUAAGAAACCGGGGGUGGAGCUGGGAAUCACCAUCAGCUCUCCGUCCAACAGGAAACCAGGUGAUCCUCUGAUCAUCUCUGACAUCAAGAAAGGCAGCGUCGCUCACAGGACGGGGACGUUGGAGCUCGGAGACAAGCUGCUCGCCAUCGAUAACAUCCGGGUGGAGAACUGCUCGAUGGAGGAGGCCGUUCAGAUCCUCCAGCAGUGUGAGGAGCUCGUCAAGCUGAAGAUCCGCAAAGACGAAGACAACUCAGAUGAACAGGAAGUGUCCGGCAGCAUCAUCUACACGGUGGAGCUGCAGAGGUACGGCGGCCCGCUGGGAAUCACCAUCUCAGGCACCGAGGAGCCGUUUGACCCCAUCAUCAUCUCCUCACUGAGCAAGGGGGGGCUGGCUGAGAGGACUGGUGCAAUCCACGUCGGUGAUCGUAUCCUAGCGAUCAACAGCAGCAGCCUGAAGGGGAAACCUCUGAGUGAAGCCAUCAGUCUGCUGCAGCAGGCGGGAGAGACAGUAACACUGAAGAUCAAGAAGCAGGGAGAAUUGUCGAGUCCCAAGUCCUGUGUGAUUGGUCCAGGUCUGGGGUCGGGGGUGGGACUUGGUCAGGAGAACCAGGAUGGGGAGGAGGAGCCUGUCAUCAUGGUCGCGCCCCCAUCGAGCCAGAGAGCGUUCAGCACGCUGCCGUCUGUGGACAGCGCCGUGGAGUCCUGGGACGGGUCCAACAUGGACAGCAGCUACACCUCGCCAGCUCCACCUUUUCAGUCGUCUCCCUACAGUUUCCACGAGUGGCGCAACGCCAAGACAACCAACAGCCAGUCAUCGUCCUCCACUCGCCAGCGAGCCAAUCCGCUAUCAGAUCUGGGUCUGAGUGACGAUGACUGGGACCGCCCACCACUCGGAGGGUUCACUGUGGGGCAUGAUGGGACAGAACCGGACCAGGAGGAGAACUUCUGGUCUCAGGCUCUGGAGGAUCUGGAGACCUGCGGCCAGAGCGGCAUCCUCAGAGAGCUAGAGGAGUCUGGAAAGGAGACGCACCUCCUCACUCUGGCAACCAUCAUGUCGGGCUCCACCCUCAGUCUGAACCAUGACCCCACCCCUCUGCGCAGCACUCUGGGACGCCAGGCAAGUUUCCAGGAGCGCAGCAGCUCCCGACCACAGGUGACCCCAAGGUCCAACACCUUGCCUUCUGACCCCCAACGUCGAGCCUUUGCCAUGAGGAAGAUGAGGCAGGAAGUCAAUGAGAUCCUAAACCAGAACCCUGUGGAACUCCACAAGUUGACUCUAGAGAAGGCCUCAGACCUGGAGGAUUUUGGUUUCAGUGUUUCUGACGGUUUGUUGGACCGUGGUGUCUACGUCAACAACAUCCGACCAGGAGGCCCAGCGGAGCAGGGUGGCCUCCGAGCAUAUGACCGAAUACUACAGAUUAACCACGUGCGGACCAGGGACUUUGACUGCUGUCUCGUUGUUCCUCUGAUCGCAGAGUCUCCAAAUCGCUUGGAUCUCGUCAUCAGUCGAAACCCCACCUCCUCCUCUCUGCUGGUCAAUCACACUGAUGGCACCAACAAUAGUGGCCACUCCCCUCAGCCAAUCAGCAGCGAUCUGGGACCGUCAGAGCUUUCUAUUGGCCAAGGAGAGGAUAGUGGUCCAAUCAAAUGGAGCCAACCUGGAGAUGGGCUGGGGGCGGGGCUUGGGGUGGGGCAGGUGAAUAAUAGCUCCUUAUAGCAGACAAAAACUGUAUGAAACUGGAUUGAACUGGUCCUAACCAGACUGGAGCGGAGAGGUCAACGAGGAGAUCAAUACAAAGUUGAACCAAACUGGAUUAGACCCAUCUGGACUGGUUAGAAGUGGACCCCCCAUGGUGCUACACACACCCUCUGGAUGAACUUUGACCUUUGACCACUAAAGUUUGACCCUUGAACUGCUAAAGCAGUCUGAAAGCACAUUGAUGGACCGGAGCAACUCCUCACCUUUUCACCUGAACCAGUUAUGCAAACUGGUACUACUGGUGUUACUCAAUUCAGAACUAUAACUACUGAUUCUACUGGAACCACAGCCAGAGCUACUGGUCUUAUUGGUUCAAGAUUAAAGGCUACUGUUCUACUAGCCCAGAGCCAAGGUCACUGGUUCUACUAAAACCAGAGCCACAGCCAAUGGUUUUACUGGUCUGAGAUCAAUGGUUACUGGUUCUAGAGGCCUAGGACUAGGACUACAGGACCACAGGCCCUGUUGGAACUAAAGCCACAGCCAAUGGUUUUACUGGUCCAAGACACUUGGAUUUUGGUCUUAGUGGUAACAGAACCAUGGCUACUGGUUCUCCUAAAACCAGAACUACAGCCAUAGGUCUUACUGGUAUAAGAUCAGUGGUUACUGGUUCUACAAGCCUAACAGUAGGGCUACUUGUCCCACUGGAAGUAGAGCCACAGCCAGUGGUCUUACUGGUUAAGACACAUGGGUUCUGGUCUUGGUGGUAACAGAAUCACAGCUACUGGUUCCACUAAAGCCAGAACCGCAGCCAGUGGUCUUACCUGUUCCAAGACAUGGUUCUGGUUAAUGGUCUCAGGGUCACAGAACCAUAGGUACUGGUCCUACUGAAGCCAGAGCCACAGCCAAUGGUCUUAAUGGUCCGAGAUAUGGUUCUUACUCAUGGAUUUGGUGGUCAAGGAUUCAUGGAUACUAAGCCAGCGCAAUGGCUGCUGCUUCUGCGAGUUCAGAAACGUGUGAACACCAGGCCUCUCUGGUCUUACUAGAACCACAACCAUGGCUUUUGGUUUUACUGGCCAAGAACCACAGCAGCACAAAGACUGAUAGGACUCCAGUGCAGAAUCCAGAACCUGCUGAUGGACAGGCAGGUUGCCAAGGAGACUAGGGAUGCUCCGAUCAGGGUGUCUAGGGUUGAUGUAAUUGUGAUCAUCCAAACCAGUGCUGAUCACUGACUGGUUUAUGUUUUUAAACUUUUAUACAGGAAGCUCCCGCAUGAGAAACCCUUUAAAACCCAGCACUUUGAUUUAUGUCAAAAUCUUAUCCUUUAUAUUCUCCAAGUUAAACAUAAAAUAUUAGUCUAUUAUGCUGCUACUCGUAUCAAAGGCUGAAUGUUCCAGUCCAUCAGGUCUUAUGAUAAUGAGGGCCAAGGUAUGCUUAAAAUAAACUAGUUUGUACAAGGUGUCAUCUUAUUAAUGGCAGAAAUAUUUAUAGCUUUUCAGAGUAGUCUCGAAGGUGUUUGACAAUCUGAAAAGCAUUUGUUUGAAGCAUACAGCCUUGAUGCUGCCCCACACUAGUUGCAUGUCUUGCACAACUGGAUUGGAAACUUUGCAGCAAGAACGAAAAAAAGUCUUGGCCCCACCAAGGCUUUGGGGCAGAAGGUUUGGUUUAGGACAAGAUUAAAGAUGGUGUUGAGGUGGUAAAUUAUAAGCAUAAAGUAGAAAAUGAUCAAGUCAGAGGUGGUUUGUAUGGUUGUAUGGUUGGGUGUAGGUAAAGGUAGGAUAAGAACGGGAGAGGGAAGUUGCAUCUGCUCAAAUUCAGUUGCGAAAUUACGAAACUCUUAUAUAUCCAAAACGUGGCACUCUAAAAGCGUAUUAGAAAAGAACCCUGCAUUGGCAGCCAUUGAUACUGCAUUUGGGUCAACACUGCUGCCUGGGGUCCCUGUUAGUGACGGCUGGACGAUACCGAGACUUUUACGCCUCUUCGGACUGAUCAAGUGACACAAAAAAGUACUUGGUCAAUAGGAAUACCGUUAACACUGAACCUUCGUAGGGUUUUCUUAAGGAUUAAACCUGUCAAACUAGUGAAUUAGUUUUGCCCCUGUCUUGAAGGCCAUCUAUUCUUGAAAGCAAACCAUCAGAAGUCACUGGGUUACGAAAACCUUGAAGCUUCCAGUCUUUUUAUGGUGCAAACAGGAAUAAAGUCCCAAAGAUUCUUAAGGCUUUAUCCACUCAAUGUCCAGUGGAGUUUAAACAUACUUGGACAAACUGUCCAAUGAGGCAGCAAUGUUAAGGUUUAGAUUAGACGAAACCAUUUUGGUCACGGUGGCUGUAACCCUGACUACCAUUUAGUUCAGAGAGUUUGUUUCGAUUAUAUGUGGUGGAUGCAAGAGCUGGAUAAACUGGGCAAAUUGCAUCUGCUGAGUAGGAUCAUGUGAUAUGAUCAAAAGCCCAGAAACAGCUACUAUUUGUGGUGACAAAUAUUAUGCCACUGUUGGAGUGGGGUUUUGUAGAAAUACAUGUAUAUUUAAAAAAAAAAAAAAUAUUUUGGUAUUGGAACCAUAACUGAAGUAUCUUUUCAGGUCUAGUGUCAAAAAAUGUUCAAACAAUAACCAGUCGUAGCGUUGAAGACCUGGCAGCCAUGAUGGAUUUGGAAAAAUCACGUAAUUUCCAAUAAUUAUCAGCUGGUACUGAUCGGAGCAUCCCUAAUACAAUGGAUAGAAAGACAGAGGGGUUUACUAUUUAGUUCUGUGCCAUGAACGAACUGCAAGCUGGAAAAGUAAUAAUUAUGUUGGCGAUGAUGAUGAUGAUGAUGAUGAUGAUGACACUGAGCAGUUCAAUAAUACUUUUUCUACUGUUUACACCUGUUGGACUGGCCACACUGUGUGUGUGUAUGUAUGUGUGUGUGUGUUAUGUGUGUGGGUUAAACACAAGGCCAGUUAAGCUCCUCCCACCUCAAUCCCACCCCCACCCCCUUCUACCCUCGUCCAAUAGGCAGCCAAGAUGAGAGACAGACAGCAAUUCUGAGAGAUUCAGCUGAUUGGCUGGAACCAAUCAGAAAACAAACGCUUCCCUGCCUGUCUGUGAUUGGUUCUCUUCAACACACAGACAAACCAAUCAGCUCCCAGGAAGAAGCCAAGCAUGCCCCCUCCCAAACCCCCCACCCCCCCAGUUACAGUGAUCUAUUAUGCUAAUCGAUCUGUGUGUUUUUUGAUUGACUGUUGUCAGUUUUCUCUGUUUGUUUGUUUGUUUCCAUGGCGACUGAGCUUGAAAAGAUGUAAAAUAGAUUAAAAAAAACGGUUCAGUUACGUCGGAACCAUUGAACCCUGAAAACCUUCACCUCAUAACCACGAAAACAAUGACGUUACACAAGAAAAAAGUCCUGUUCGAACAGGAAACCUGUGACAGUAAAUAUGUGUGCGUGCGUGUGUGUGUGCGUGUGUGUGUGUGCGUGUGUGUGUGUGCGUGUGUAUGUGUAUGUAUGUAUGUAUGUAUGUGUGUGUGGGUGUGUGUGUGUGUGUAUGUGUGUGUGUGGGUGGGUGUUUUUACUUUGGAGUGAUGUCAACAUCUUCCUGCUUUCACCUCAGUCUGAACUCACUAUUUAAACUGGCCAAUCAGAACCCUCCCUCAGCACCAACAGCAAGUAGAGACUUUCCCUGACCUGAAAUGACCAAUAGCUGCUCUGCAACGGGCUCUGUGCUUUGAUUAAGAGAGCUGUGAUUGGCUGUUUCUGUGUGCAUAGUUCUGAUUGGCUGUUCUACAACAUCCCAUUUUAUUAACUGUGAUGUUUUCAAUCUGAAGCACAAUGCUACCAUAUGGUUAGCAUGUGGCUAGCAGACUCUGAGCACACACAAGGCUAGCAUUGACCUAACGUGUUUCCAUAUGACUAGCCUAGGGCCGCCACCUGGCUAACACAGCCAGUUUGUGGUUAGCACACAUCCAGCACAAGGUUAACAUCUCUGAAACACAGCUAGUAUUUGAUUAGCACACAGCUAAUCUAGGGUUAACACCCGACUUACAGAGCUAUGGGUUAGCACUUAAACAGCACAGAGCUAACACCUGGAUAACAUAGUACAUGGUCAGCACACACCUAGAACACAGAUAACACUCAGCAACAUUUAGUAAACCUAGCUAGCAAUCAGUUGGCAUACAGCUAACGCAGGGCUAAGACCUGGCUAAAACAUCUAGUAUAUGGUUAGCACACACCCAAAACAUGGCUAAAACAGGGCUAAUAUAUGGUACAACAUAGCCAAUAAUUAUUAAAUACACAGAUAAAGCAGGGCUAACACCAGGUGAAGUCUUAGCACAGGGAUAAUACCUAGCAAACACAGAUAGUUUUAGCGUAAACCUAGAACAAGGCUAAAACAGGGCUAACAGUUGGUGAGAAUAGCUAUUUAAUUAUAGCUCAGCAAACAGGGGCCUCACUCCUGGCUAACACAGCUGUGUAUUAGGCCUUUUCUAGCAUGAAUUUAGCACAAGGCUAACACAUGGUAAACAUAGUCAAUUUUUGUCUAGCACACUGCUAACACAGGGCUAAACAUGGCUAAUAUUCAGUUAGAACACAGCUUACAUGGGGAUUACACCCUGCACACAGCUGUGUUGUUAGCCCUGUACUGAAACUGCUAGUAUAUCAUUCACACAUGCAGAGAACAUGGUUAACACAUGGCAAACACAGAAAGCUGUUAGCAGAGGGCUACCACCGCUAGUCCCUGUCUAGUACACUGCUAAGAACACGCUAAACCUGGCUAUGACAUGGCAAACAGCUCAUUUCUAGUUAGCAUACAGCUAACACAAGGCCACCACAGCUAGUUAGUGGUUAGCAACAACCUGGAUCGGGGCUUUACGUGUUUUAAAUAUAGGUAACAUUCAGUUAGCGCACAGCUAAUACCUGGUUAACACAGCCAGUAUUAAGUUAGCAUACAACUAGCUAUCACCAUGUUAGGAUGACCAUUACACAAACACGGAGCUCAAGAUCUGACCAGUUACCAUAGCAAGAGCUGCAUUCAGCUGAGACAAACUGUUCCACAAAUGGGAAGAAGCCACAGAGCUGAGAGGCGUGGCUUCAGGAGGGUUUGACUGGGUUUGUGAGUGAGAUCUAAAGCUAUACACACUGUGUUAGUUGUGGAGUUAAUUUCCUGCCAAAACUUAACUACAACUACAACAAAACAUGUUUUACGAACGCCCUUUGAUUCACGAACACAGCGACACAAAACAAUGACAUUACAUGAGAAAAAAGUCCUGUUCGAACAAAAUUAAUUAGUUUGUUAAUGAUGUUUUGUAUUUGCAAACCACACUGUGUUAGUGAAUUGUAGCACAUUUGCAAAACACGUUUGGUUUGUUUAAGUUUUGGCAGGAAAUUAGCUCCAAAGUUAGUGUGCAUGAAUUAACUGUGUGUGUGUGUGUGUGUGUGUGUGUGUGUGUGUGUGUGUGUGUGUUUGUGUGUGUGUGUGUGUGUUUGUGUGUAUGUGUGUAUAUGUGUCUGUGUGUGUGUGUCUGUGUGUGUGUGUGUGUGUUACAUUGCAGGGAUUUGCACUCUAGUGAUUCACCUCAGCAAGACGUCUGCUCACACACACACACACACACACACACACACAUCCUUGUGCACCUAUUUUUGUGGGGACUGUUGACAAAAUGCAUUCACUAGCCCCAAACCUUGACCGUCACAACUGAAUGAACAACCAUAACCUUAAUUCUGGCCCCAACAUUAAAACCAACUCCUGACACAUAAAACAGCCCUUUGAGGUUGUGUUGGGGGUGUCCAGUAAUUUGAUCACUACAAAGCUGUUAGACCCCACAAGUACAGUGGGCUCCUGGUUUUCGGACCCCACAAAUAUAGCAAAAUAAAACCACAAACACACAAACACACACACAUACACACACACACACACACACACACACACACACACACAGACAUACACACACAUGCAUUGCACUGCCAUUUGAAAUAGUGGGUCAGAUUAGUUUCCAUGUAGCUUCACCAACCAACUAAACUGUAUUUUUCUUUAAAGGAACAGGGAUGUUGUAAAGUAUUUUUGUACAAAUUUAAUACUUUGGUAGCAUGACGUUCCUGGUGUUUGUCCUGUCGGGCUCCACUGCUCUCCUCCACCCCUCCUUUGUAUGGACGACUACUGAGCAACAAUAAAGAUGAAGACCUGCUGGAA